AUGCCUCUGGUUGAUAUCGAUGGUGAUCAUUUCGGUACUGAAUCAUCAUUUCGUGGUACUGCAUGGCGUGGUAAAGAUUGUGAUGAUUUUUCAUCGAAAAUUCGACCAGGUGCACGUUCAGUGAUGGGUGAUUAUGUUGUUGAUCAUAAUUGUAAUGGUAUUUUUGGCAUGAAUUCAGCAACUAACAAACCUUGGGAAGAAGAACUUUGUAAUGAUACACAACGCAUGGGUAUUGCUGUUUUGGGAGAUUCAGUUUCGGCUCAUUUUCAUAUACCAGAACAGUGGUUGGAUGCUCGACAAUUAUCUGUAGGUGCAUUCGAACACUUAGUAUAUAUAAUUGGAAAUGAGCUCGAUUGGCCUCAAUUGUCCGGUACAACAGGUCAUAUCAAUAAUACUUGGCCUAAUAUCGAAGGUACAACUCGAUCGUUAUAUGCUCGUCUCUUUGAUCUUGAUCAUUGUAAUCAUCGAGACUAUCAGAAUAUUGCAGUCAAUGGAGCUAACAGUAAAUCCAUUCUUGAUAUUGCUCAAACAUUAACGCGUGAUCAAAAAAAUGAUGUACCAUUACUCGUAAUUUAUUCUUUGGUCGGUAAUGAUGUUUGCAAUGGUCAUGCAGACACAAUUGCACGCAUGACUACUUAUGAAGAGAUGUACGACCGUGUAUUGACUGAACUUGCUUAUCUUGAUACGGUACUACCCAAAGGUAGUCACGUACUAACAACUGGUCUUGCUAAUGGAAGUCUUCUAUAUCAAUUAUUGCAUGAUCGCGUUCAUCCACUUGGCCGUGUUGGUCCACCGAUAACCUAUGCACAAGUCUAUUCAUAUCUCAUGUGUCUACAAAUUUCGCCGUGUAAUGGUUGGUUGACAUCGAAUGACACAUUGCGUGCUUUUACUUCGGAACGAGCUGUUAAUCUAUCCAUAGCGGUACAGAAUGCUACAAAUGCCUAUUCGCCUAUGAAUUUCGAUAGUGCCUUUUUGAAUUUUCCAUUCGAUCAAGCGAUUCAGGAAUGGAUAUCACAAGGUGGUGAACCUUGGCAAUUGAUCGAAAGUGUCGAUGGAUUUCACAUUAGCCAAUAUGGUCAUGCGGUUACGUCUGAUGUUAUCUGGUCAUGGUUACAAACAAAUAAACCUCAUUGGUUACCGCCCGUUAAUUCACAUAACGCCGACAUUGAACGAAUAUUUAAAGAUCAAGGCGGAUAUUAA